GAGUGAGCCGCCAGCGGGGUGGGGCCCGGGCGAGCGCCGCCGACCUCGGCCGCGCGGAUCACCGCGCAGUUAGCCCUUACCGGCCCGGGGCGGGAGGGGUCUCCAGCCGCUGCCCGGAUGGGGAUGUGUUUUCCCUGUCCCGGGGAGUCCGCGCCCCCCUCGCCAAACCUGGAAGAAAAAAGAGCAAAGCUUGCAGAAGCUGCAGAGAGAAGACAGAAGGAGGCUGCAUCUCGGGGCAUUUUGAAUGUUCAGUCUGUGGAAGAAAAGAGAAAGAAAAAAGAAAAAAUAGAAAAGCAAAUAGCUACAUCUGGGCCCCCACCAGAAGGUGGACUUAGAUGGACAGUUUCAUAAAGGAGAAUAGGAGUGAGAGUCUACUGCCAGUAACUAACAUCUGCAAUCAAGUGGACGUCCUCUAUUUAAUUUCUUCUUUUUGAAUAAAUGAAGAUUCAGGCUUUGUAAUUUUAGUGCCCUUAAAUGCAGUGCUUUUUCAGUAUUGAAAUAUUGAAAAUGAUUUCAAUAUUGAUUUUCAGACUUGGAAAAUGGCCAGAGCUUUCAUUGAAUACUUAUUUUCCUACAUUUGCUGUUCUGCUGGUGGUGGGUAAUUUGCCAUUUUCAGUAGUGAAAUCUAAAAGGUGAAUAUAUAUAUAUAUAUGUAUAUCACAUGUAAAGAUUCCACAUACAUCUCAAAUAUUAAAAUUUGCAGUUUUAUUUUCCCUCCUUCAUAAAAAUGCUCUACCCGUUUAUGGUUGUGCUGCUUAGCCACACGCUUCUUUUGUUUCAUCACAUAUGAAGCCUUUUGCUUAAACUUCUGGACAUAGUGCCUUUCAACUGAUCAUCAGGGAAAACCUUAAAAUCAUUCGAAGGGGUUACAUGAAGGAACACUGUAAAUUUUUAUAACUCAUUAGGUAAUGAAUAUUUGUAGAAAAUGUUGCAUUUCUCAUUUGUUUUCUACUUGUGUAGCUUAGGAACACAACCUACUGUUUCACAUUACAGUAAGUUUUUGGCUUGCUGGAUUCAAAAUCACACACCAGUGGCGCCGUCAGAGGGCAGCGGUGCCCUGCUGUAGAGCAGCAGAGUGAGCGCUGUGAGGGUCUGUGUAGUCACUGAACGAGUUAAACUAAGAAUCAGGGUGGGUUAGACCAAGCGGUGAUGUACUUGUCCAAAUUUCAUAGAUGUUUUUAUUCUUUUGUAUUUAUUUAAAAAUGACCAUAAGAUUCAUACAGGUAUGAAAUUGCCAAGGCAAAUAGGAAUGCCUGAAAGAGAAACAUAUAAGUACUGUAUUUUAAAAGGACUGCUUUAAAUAUAAAAGUAUUGUGAGGUAAUUCUGUUAGGCAUAGUCAUGAAUUUUGCAGAUGUUUAUUAGUAACAUGAGUUUUAUCACAUUUUUGUUUUUUGAAUUUUUUCUUUUUAAUGUAUACUGAGCUAAAGUAGGAGAAUCGCUGUUAUCUUUUAAGUAGCUAUUAUGAUCGCUAUCUCUUUUGGAUGGCAAGGCUACAGUCUGAGCCCUAAAUUAGAAUUCGCAGAUACUGAGUGUCAAUAGGGACUAAGUUAAAUAGACCUGCCCAUUUGAUUUAUAGAAAGGAAAGUGAGCCACUGUGUCGCUCAUCCCUACCAUAAGACUUAUGUUAAAUUGCAGUGUAUUGUAUAUGUUCAUUAUAAAGAGUUUGAACUAUAAUAUAGGUCUCUUGACUUAUCAUUGGAAAAAUAACCCUUUCUAUUAUGGCAUGAAAUAAAUAUUUCAUGAUAUCCAUGCAAGACAUAUAGUUAGGCUCAAUUUUCUUCAUCCCUUAGGGGAUUAGGGGCAAAAUCAUAAAGGAUAGUGAAACUAUUGAAUUUCAUUUUAGAAAUAAACUUUUAACUUUAUGAACGUGAUUUUUUCCAAGGCAGAAAGGAAAAAGGAUUAUUACCAGCUGAAAGGAUAUAGAACCAGAUGUAUCAUCCUUGAACUGUGCAAAUCCAUCCUCCUGUUUUAAUAUAGAGAUCACAGUUUUAUCUGUACUACAUCCUCAGAAUGACAACUUGGGUUAGUGUACACAAAAGGUUUACAUCUAGGGGAUAAUUCCCUGUUUCUGACAGCAGCUUAUGUGCAAACACCAUGCUACGCGCUGUUGAAGCAUGAAUGGGAGGCUGCUGCAUUGCUUUCUGGGAACUGUGGGAGGUCCUGCUCCAGCCAGCCACAACCUGCCUGCCCAUGGGUGUGGGCAGCUUCCCCAGGCCACCUGGGUUACGUGGGUUCAGAGGUAAUACCCAAAUAUUAGGAACAGUGUUAGGAAGGGAAAGGGGGAGACUAAAUGCCUGACAGGAAACCAGUAAAUUAUUACUAAAAAAGGAAUAUUUGUGCACACGCAUACAGAUAGAUCCAGGCAUCUCCCUCAUAAAGUUACGAAUCACUUCCUGAUGAAAACCUUAAUUAGGAGCCAGUUUACCAUAAUUCAUAACUUAAAUAGGAAAACACAAUGCUUAAUAUACCCAAACCUCCCACUCAAAUUACUAAAAUGUUAAUGAAACAGUAAAAUGCAUAUACUUAACGAUUACGAUAAGACGUAAAAUGCCUGAAUCACUGCUUUAUUCUUCUAGUUGUCAAACAGAUAACGUGGCUGGUGACAAAAAGCUGCAUAUUAUUCCAUGAACUCUUGGUUGACAUGCUGCAUGUUUUAUUAAGCAUCUGUACGAGUCACUGUUCUGCCAGUUGUGUUCAGAAUGUAAUUAAUAGUUUUCCCACACAUGGUUUUGUUAUAAGUUCUGUAUUGCCAUCUAGGGAUAUAAAUACACAUUUUUCCUUUAUAAAAGUUGGCUUUGGUUGUCUCUGUUUAACACAGUUUUAUCCUCACUGUAUCUUAAAUAAUUAGAACUUGGGUUAGUGGUUAGGGAAACCUCAGCAACACUGUCGUCUCUUUGGAGUAAUGAGAGCAGCGCUAAGAGCUGUUCGGUGUGUCCAUGCCAUCCCUGAAGUUGCAGGCGGGCAUGUUUCUUUUCCAGUACUCUAAAGAAGAGAUGAUGUCACUAGUCCCUUGUUUUCUUAGA